AUGCACCACUUUGUUACCCUAAUCAGUUUCUCUCGGUUGUUCUUCCUUCACCACCGAACACUCUUUAAAUCUGAUUAUUUGCAAACAAUGUCUCAACAAAGCUUCCCCCAUAAUGGUGGAUUACGUGAGUUCGAUCUAUACAUUCCACCGACUGAGUACGAGCUCCCUGCCAUGGAAACCCAAGUGGAGCUGGAGCAGAUGAGACAACAGAUGCAGGCGGAAAUGGAGGUGAUAAGGAUUGAGCUUCAUGGGAUGAACAACAUCUUGAAGGUGAUGGUAGCGAUUGGCAUUAGUCUUCUUCCUGGUGUUUGUGGAGUUUUCGGUUGUGGUGCGUUUGGUGUUUCAUAUUGGAAGUAG